UCCAUAGUGUAAAGUGUGUUUUGACACUAUAUAUGUAAAUUUUUAAGUCAAAGAAAAUUUCAACUUUUAAGUAUAUUUUUUAGAUUUAUUCUAAUUUGGGUCCCCUGAAGAUGUACCUAAAGUCUUUUUACAGUCGGGAUUAGGCGAUUAUGGCAAUAUGCCGAGUUUUAGUUCAUCAUUAAUCCAGAGAAAAAUGUCAAAAACUAUUAUGAGACGAUAUUUCACGUUUAUAUUGCUGGGAAUUUUAUUUGGUUACGUGGCUAAAGCAAAUGGUUUAGAUUCUCCUGAUCUCGGCAGUGAGGCCAUUGGCAGCGCAGGAUUAUCUCCGGAUUCAGAGAAACCCUUUUAUGUCGUAAUUGUUGACGCCGGAUCCACUGGAACACGAUUUUUUGCUUUUCACUUUCAUACUUCGAGUGAAGAUGGUAGUUUAAUUUUGGACAAGGAAGCGUAUAAUCACAAAAGACCAGGUUUGAGUUCAUUCGCUAAUAAUCCAGAUGAGGGGAUGAAAAUUCUAGAAAUACUUCUUAAUAAAACAAAACCCACUAUUCCACAAUCUGAAUGGAUAGACACUCCAAUUUAUUUGAAAGCAACGGCAGGUCUUCGAUCUCUUCCCAGAGACAAGGCAGAACAUAUUUUAGAGGUGACCAGAGAGUUUCUUAAUUCUUCUGGUUUUCAAUUGAACGAUGAAUCCGUUUCACUAAUGGAAGGCUCUGACGAAGGUAUUUUCUCAUGGUUCACUGUUAAUUUUCUUCUGGGCCGAUUUGAAAAAAACAGUACGCAAAGUACAGUUGCGGCAAUUGAUCUUGGCGGAGGAUCAACACAAGUGACCUAUCGUCUUGACGAGGAAGAUAGGAAUGACUUAAAUCACUCCGUUAUUACUAAUCUGCAAGCAUUUAAUCAAAAUAUGACUAUUUUCACUGAAAGUUAUUUAGGUUUCGGACUUAUGGCUGCGAGAAAGGCAAUUUUGAUACCACCAUUUGCCAUGACAAAUGAAUAUGGAGUUAUCGAGGUACACUCGAAAUGCAUUUCCCCAUCAACUAACACGACGUGGACGUUUAAUGACAAAGAAUAUCAAAUAAUGGGGCAAAGAGAAAAUUCUUCGGAAAUUAACCAAAAUAUUACCGAAGACGAAAAGAACAAAGGUUCAAAUAUUAAUUUUCAAGAUUGCUUAAAUUUAGUUAAGAAAUUAACGAGUAAAAUUGAAAAUAAACCAGUGGGAUUGAAUAAACAAGACAUUUAUGCCUUUUCGGGCUUUUAUUACAAAACCUAUGACACUGGAUUAAUAGACCCACGAAAUGGUGGAAUAAUCACAGUUACAAAUAUUCGUGAAGCAGCUCUAAAUAUUUGUAAAAACAUGACAAAGAAUAAUCCAUAUAGAUGCUUGGAUUUAAUUUAUAUUUACUCCUUGUUGACAACUGGAUUUGGUCUCAAGCCGGAAACCAAACUUAACAUUCAUGCCUCAAUCUCUGAUCACCAAUUAAGUUGGACAUUAGGGCUAGCCUUGAAAUUAAUACAAAAUACACUUGGAUAUUUAUACAAGAAAGAAUAGUGUUCACGUAUUUUUUAUAAAGAAAAUUGUCAUUAUUUGUUAAAUCUGUUAAAGUUUGACAAUUCUAUUUAAUUGUAAUAAAAAUAUUUAUUUCCGAAAAACAUACAUUGGAUUCAAAAUCAGUGAC